CUCUGGGCAGUCUCGGGUCUGGCCCAUCUAUGAAAACUGUAAUACCAUAGAAAAUAUCCACUAAAUAUUACUCAUCUUUCUAACUAUUUCUGUUAUUCAAUGGAUUUCAAUAAUUAAGAAAUACCAUACGCAGAUUCCUGAUUAGUAAUUAGUGUAGCAUAAUAACUCAAAUCGCUGGUCGUAAUGUGUUGUCGUUUCGUAAAUUGAGUUGCCUUAAAUAUUAAUGUUAGUUAACUACGAAUUCAUGGAUAAUUAAUUAGGAAAUAUUAAUAGCUUUUUCAAUUAAAAAUGAAUAGAACUAAAAGUCAUAACUCCAAAACUGAGUGUAACAACGAGAGUGAAAUGAGUGCAAACGUGUACAAACUUAUUACGAAUGAGGAUAAACCACCAGAUAUAAAAUAUGAUAAAGAAAACUCGUGGAUCGCAGCAGUGCAAAUGUUUGUGUCUUUCCUUCUUGCUGGGUUUGGUAUGGUAGCAGCAAGCCUUCUCUUGGAUGUGGUUCAACACUGGGAAGUAUUUCAGAAGAUACCAGGUGUCUAUAUACUUGUACCAGCUCUCUUGGGACUUAAAGGAAAUUUAGAAAUGACUUUAGCAUCAAGAAUGUCAACACAUGCUAACAUGGGCCACUUAGGUGCCUGUUUGAAGCAGCUAGUUUUGGGUAACCUGUGCCUUAUACAGUGUCAAGCAGUGCUCGUUGGAUUCUUAGCAGCCAUGGCUGCAGUAGCAAUGGGAUGGAUACCUCAAGGCUUAUUUGAUAUUCACCAGGCUAUGCUGCUCUGUGCAUCAAGUGUACUUACUGCGUCAUUUGCAAGUUUUGUGCUUGGACUCAUUAUGAUUGGUGUUAUUGUAGUCUCCAAAAAAUUAAAUAUAAACCCAGAUAAUAUAGCUACACCAAUUGCUGCUAGUUUGGGUGAUUUAACAACCUUGGCACUGCUAUCAUGGAUUUCUUCAAUGUUAUAUCAAUCACUUGGCACAAGUCUUAUAUUGCCAUCUAUUAUUAUCAUUAUUGGGGCAAUUUUGGUCCCUGCUUGUGGAUAUGUUGCGUCUCAAAAUAAGUUUACUACUCAAGCUUUAGAUGAAGGAUGGGUCCCUGUAGUAUCAGGAAUGGUUAUAAGUAGUACUGGAGGUUUAAUAUUGGGUUACACUGUGUCAAAUUAUCAAGGUGUUGCUGUUUUUCAAUUAGUUAUUAAUGGUAUCGGUGGAAAUAUGGCUGCUGUACAUGCUUCCAGACUAUCUACAUUAUUUCAUACUGGACAAAAAGAAAAAUAUGUUAUAAGUAACACAACUAAAUUGUUGAUGUUGAUGGUGGUACCCGGCCAACUUGUUUUUGUUUACACAAUUGCUUAUCUCAAAGCAGGUCAUACCUCUGUAACACCUAUAUUUAUUUUAAUUUAUGUGUGUGCAGCACUAUUGCAAGUAUUUCUUUUGUUGAUAAUUAGCCAUUAUUUGGUUGUGUGGAUGUGGAAAUUAGGAUUAGAUCCAGAUAAUUCCGCUAUACCCUAUUUAACUGCUCUAGGUGAUUUACUUGGUACAGCAUUGCUUGGAGUAGCAUUUUAUAUUCUGUUUGCUAUAGGGGAUCAAGACAGUGAUCUAGGCGACUGACUGAACAUUUUUAUGAAUUUAUUAACUAAGGCUAUUUAAUACUUUUACAAUAAUUAGUUUCAUCUACCUUAAGAAUUGUCUAACAAUUUGUUGUGAUGAAUGUACUUAUACUUGAAUCUUUUUAAAAGAAUACUAAGUGGAGCAGUGUAUGGGCAUACAGAAAAUUUUUUUUUAGAACUUGCUUAUCUUCCAGACCAUUGUCAAAUGUUUUUAAUUCCUAUGCCUAGCUGCCUGCUAUUUUAUAAUAAAAAUAAUUUGUAUAAAUGUAUUGAGCCAUAAGUACUUUAUAUUGGUGCUAAUACUGUACUUUUGCAUAUCAUACUUUUAAUAUUAAAUAUUUUCAUA